CAGCAAACGCUGAGCCGCAGCGGGCACCCAUGUUCAGACUUUGUGCGUUUCUGAUAAAGUUUUCGGCGUGCACCUACUCUAAAUGGGAUUGUAUUUUACGCGUUAAUGUAAAGCCACGGUGGUGCUACGGGAGCAGGUGGGUGAGUUGUCUGUCAGGACGUCAGGAGUCAUAGCUACAUCACUGACCACACCAUUUUGAGGCAGUGGAGAAAGAUCAACAGAUGACUUUGAGGAGUGCUAGUCUGGUCUUGGAUUUGACUCGGUCUCGACUUGCCUCGGUCUUGAUCUUGUCUUGGUCUCGACACACACGUGUCUUCACCUUGUCUCGGUCUCGGAUUACGUGGUCUUGGCUACAACACUGGCACAUGCCCUGAGUGGCGGCUGAGAUGACACGCCCCCGCCGGAUCUCCUCGACCAGCCUCUGCACAAAGCUUUUAUUGGCACUUGUGAUGAUACACACAGCUUUUGGGGGGGACAAGACAGAAGAGUGCGGAGGUCGAGACUGCAGCGUCUGCCAGUGUUUCCCCCCGAAAGGAGAGAGGGGAAGUCCUGGUGACUUAGGUCGGCAGGGCCCCCAGGGGCCCCCAGGUUGGCCUGGCAUCGCAGGACUUUGCGGCGAGAAGGGUCAACAUGGAUUCAUAGGAUUCCCUGGGGAUUCUGGCCCGGCAGGAGACCAGGGUGUUAAAGGAGUUAAAGGCCAUGGUGGAUUAGAUGGAGUGCCUGGUCAUCCGGGGCCUGGUGGUCUUCCUGGGCUUCCAGGGAAGGAUGGCUGUAAUGGAACCAAAGGGGAAUGUGGGUUGAAUGGUGAAAUAGGACGACCCGGCAACCCAGGACCCAAGGGACUACCUGGGUUAAAAGGUAUCAAAGGAGACCCCUCUUAUAGGACAAUUUACAAUCCUGGAACUCCCGGUGUUAAUGGAUCACCAGGAAUACGUGGACCACAAGGACUUAAAGGAUUCUGUGGCCCUCGAGGUCCACCAGGACGCGUGGGACCUGAUGGACAUUUGGGCUUACAGGGUUUUCCAGGUCCAAGAGGCCCACCGGGAGAUCCAGGAAGAUCACUGCCUGGACCAAAAGGAGAUGAGGGGGAUCAAGGUCCUCAGGGGAAUCCAGGUCCAUUUGAAUAUGUAGAGCCCAACCCAGAAGACUAUGUAAAAGGCGAUAAAGGAAAUAAGGGACAAAGGGGAAUUUGUGGAGUUCGUGGCCCAACGGGUCUUGAAGGGCCUCCAGCAGAAAAAGGAGAGAAAGGCAUAAUUGGUUUUACUGGACCCAGAGGCCCACCUGGAUUUCCAGGCCGAACGGGGUUUCAAGGACCCAAGGGGAAACUUGGGGAUAAUGGUCUCCCUGGUCUAUUUGGCAAUCCAGGACAAAAGGGCUUUCCAGGUGACCCCGGACCUAAAGGAAAUCCGGAGGAAUAUUAUUACCCUGUGACAGGACCACCUGGAGAUCCUGGGCUCCCUGGUGCUGCCGGACCACCUGGGGAUAGAGGGAUGAUGGGUAUACCUGGUCCCCUGGGUGAUCCAGGAGCAUCUGUACCAGGUGCAAUGGGUGAAUCUGGUCUCCAGGGUCUCAGUGGACUCAAAGGAGAAAAGGGUGAACCAGGAAAAAUAAAUGGGUCACCCUUGAAAUACGAUAAUUUAUUUGGGGAGCAGAAGAAAUACCCAUACUAUGGCUCUCCGGAUGGCACUCCUGGGGAACCUGGAAAACCGGGCCAUCCUGGAAGUAAAGGACAACCAGGAAAUCCUGGCAGUCCUGGUUACUACUGCCUUCCUGGUGAACGUGGAGAACCUGGACACGAUGGACAGAGAGGGCCUUUGGGAUUACAAGGUGUCAAGGGGAGAAAAGGUCCUGAAGGGGGAUGUGCAUGUGACCCACCUGGUGAUCUACCUGGUGAUCCUGGCCCUCCAGGCUGUCCGGGUGACCCUGGUGAUCAGGGGCAAAAAGGGUUCCGGGGUCCCAGAGGUGAAAUCGGACUCAUCGGAGAGAGGGGUGUGGGAGGUGUAACUGGUCCCAGAGGCUUCACAGGUCUCAGAGGGAUUAAAGGAGAGAAAGGAGGUGUUAUGGUGUCAUGCACGAAGGGGGUGAAAGGUGACAAAGGAUCUCUUGGAGCAUAUGGAAGGCCAGGGUAUAAUGGGAAGAAAGGGGCUGAUGGAAAGAUUGGUGCUCCUGGAGAUCCAGGACCUCUGGGAGAUGAUCUUGCUGGACUGCCAGGUGACAGGGGGUGUCAAGGAGCUGUUGGUACGAAAGGCUUCAGAGGUCCAACUGGUCCUCCUGGACCAUGUAUGAUGGGGUCAAUUGGGCAACGAGGGCAACAAGGGGACCCUGGACCUCAAGGCCAUACAGGGCCCCCUGGUCCUAAAGGGGUUCAAGGUGACACAAUGCCCUGUGGGCCUGGUAUACCUGGAGCUCCUGGUUGCAAAGGAAUGCCUGGAUGUAUAGGUAAGAAAGGUACACUUGGAAAUCCAGGAUGCAUAGGACAAGUUGGACCAGAUGGUCUGAAGGGAGAGAACGGAGACCCUGGCGAUUGUGGGAUUUGUGGACUGAAAGGUCCAGAUGGAUGUUUAGGAGAUCCAGGUGACACUGGCCCUGAUGGCAACAGUAUCAACGGCUCACCUGGCGUACCUGGAUGUCGUGGACCCCAGGGUCUGAAGGGGUCUUCGGGAGACUGUGUUAUCGGGGCUCCAGGACCGAUGGGGCCCUGUGGGGUUCAGGGAUGUCAGGGGCCUAAAGGUGUACCUGGACCAUGUGGGCCAAUUGGAUUGCAAGGUACAUCUGGUGUUCCUGGACUUCCUGGAAGAAAAGGGGAAAAAGGAGAAGAUGGUACACCAGGAGCACCUGGUUGUCCAGGUGGAAGACCGGAACAAUGUGAUAAAGGACAAGCUGGUCCACCUGGCAACACAGGACCACCAGGCUUUAUUGGACCGAGAGGCAAACCUGGAGAGAAAGGAUCACUUGGGGAGCAGGGACCUCCAGGCGUUGGAGCUAAAGGAUGCCCUGGAAAGCCUGGUGUCCCUGGCAUUCAAGGAUGCACGGGCCUUCAGGGACCUUCAGGACUCAACGGAGACAGUGGAAAUCCUGGAUGUACUGGACCGAAGGGUUUGCCUGGAUUUCCUGGUCAAGAUGGAUGUCCUGGCAACACAGGGCAAACGGGCCCUAUAGGGUGUCUUGGACCAAAAGGCCUUAGGGGUCUCAAUGGAUGUCCAGGUUUCCCAGGGGUAAAUGGAACCAAGGGCCAGAAAGGAUGCCGUGGGCCUCCUGGACCUCCAGGAGACAUGAUUUCCGUGCAGGUCAAAGGCCAGGUAGGGCCACCUGGACCUCAUGGGGAGAAUGGUUUCUGUGGAGAAAGGGGUAAUAAGGGUGAUCCAGGUCUGCCUGGACAGCCAGGGUAUCCAGGACUUAAUGGACCUCCUGGCUUUGAAAGUGGCUGUCGUGGACCACCAGGCAUUCCUGGGCUGUGCGGCGAGCCUGGCGAACGUGGCCAACCUGGACCAAGGGGAAUUGAUGGAUUCCCAGGGGAAUGUGGUGAUCCAGGUGAUCCUGGAUUGACUGGUUUGGCAGGAAUCCCUGGUUUCCCUGGGUUUGAUGGUCCUAAAGGUGAAAAAGGUGAAUCUAUUGGUGAGCCAGGAAGAACGGGUGAGAGAGGGUCAUGUGGAGAAAAAGGCGCAUCAGCUCCCCCCGGUGACAAAGGAGACUGCGGUGACCCUGGCCCACGAGGGCCAAAUGGAAACUGUGGUCCACCAGGCCCACCUGGAGACAAUGGUCCUUGUGGACCUCGUGGAGUGGUUGGGCCCCCCGGUCCGUGUGGAAGACAUGGUCCAGAGGGUCCAGAGGGGCCUCCAGGUCCACCAGGCCCUAAAGGAAACCCUGGAUGCCCUGGCCUUAGAGGACCUCAAGGGAUGCAAGGGAUCCAUGGACUAGAUGGCCUGAAGGGUGACAAGGGUGAGAUUGGAUCUCGAGGGCUGGGUUUAAUAGGUGAGAGAGGUAAUCCAGGACCAUGCGGAGACAAGGGUGAUCCAGGAGACCCAGGGUUAUGUGGCCAAUCACAAAAUGGUGUUCAAGGUCCAAAUGGACCACCAGGCUGUCGAGGGGACCCUGGUCCAAUGGGUCCUCCAGGAUUUCGUGGUGAAGAAUGUAAGAUUCUUAAACCUGGACCUUGUGGACAACAGGGUUACUGUGGGCCAGAUGGACCUCCAGGGCCCAUGGGAGAGAUAGGAGAGCCAGGUAAUGUCUUCACAGUGUGUGGUGAUUUUGGUUGCCCAGGUGAUCCUGGAUCACCAGGAUGUAAAGGAGAAAAAGGAUGCAGUGGGCCCAACGGCCUGCCAGGGUGUCCGGGCCAAGAAGGUGCAAAAGGUGAAAGAGGACAAUGUGGGCCUAUGGGCCUUCCGGGACCCUGUGGCCCCAUGGGUAAUUGUGGACCCCCAGGAUCCUGUGGUGAAAAAGGAGAGAAAGGGGACACAGGUCUAAAAGGACAGCCUGGGGAUGUAAGAACUACUUAUACACCUUGUCCCACUCCUCUUGGGGGCCUUCCUGGUGCUCGUGGUCCACCUGGCCCAGUUGGUGAAAGUGGAAAGGAUGGACCUAAUGGCAGUGAGGGACUGAAAGGUAUAAAGGGAUCAAAAGGAGAUGAUGGGUCCCCUGGACCUCUUGGGCCAGUAGGACCAGACGGACCAUUAGGAUAUCGUGGAGAUGAAGGUGAAAGAGGACCGAAAGGCUCUCAGGGACCCCCAGGACCACGUGGUGAUAAGGGGCCUCCUGGAAUGAAUGAGAGGUUUUCCUCGGGUUUCCUUUUGGUGAAGCACAGUCAGUCUGACAUUGUGCCCACUUGUCCCCUGGGCCUAACGCAGUUGUGGAUCGGCUACAGCCUGCUAUAUCUGGAGGGUCAGGAGAGAGCACACACACAAGACCUGGGCCAGGCAGGUUCAUGUAUACCGAUGUUCAGCACCAUGCCGUUCUCCUGCUGUAAUAUGAACUCCUGUGAUUAUGCCAGCCGCAAUGACAAAUCCUAUUGGCUGUCUACAACCGCCUCAAUUCCAAUGAUGCCUAUGAAAGGAAUGGAAAUUCAGCCACACAUCAGCAGGUGUGUGGUGUGUGAGGCUGCAUCGCCAACCAUUGCUAUACACAGUCAAGACAGGUCUACACCAUCGUGUCCACCCAAUUGGACAAGCCUCUGGACCGGAUAUUCAUUCAUUAUGUAUACAGGAGCAGGGGACGAGGGAGGCGGACAGUCUCUGACAUCAACAGGAAGCUGCUUGCAGGACUUCCGCAGUCUGCCGUUCGUGGAGUGCCAAGGUUCGCUUGGCACAUGCAAGUAUUUUGCCACUAUCUACAGUUUCUGGCUGACUAGAGUGGACACACAGGGCUUUAACUCCAAUCCUCACAGUACUGUGCUUCAGACCGAAAGGGAGAAGCGCGAGAGCGUCAGCAAAUGCAGCGUCUGCAUGAUGAAUGAUCCCAACAAAUGAUACAAGUCAUGCAUGUUUUCUAAAAAAAAAACAAAAAAACUGCACUGAGAAUGCACAUCAACAGGUCACUGGAGUGGAAGUGAUUGAGAUACUUUUGCUCACCUUUUUUUUUUUUGGAGAGGAUAAAAUGGACACAUUUUGUGAUCAUUUUUGUUGAACUACAGGCUGUGAACUUUUUACUUCAUUGGAUUUGUUCCCACAUAUUUCAGCCUAACAUGACUUAUUUUACGUCUUUACCCAGUACAGUUUGCUUCUUGUUUUUAUAGCAUUUUGGUGCUAGCAAUAACCAAGACCAUUUGCACAAAUUCCAAUAUACCAAUAUUUAUGUUCUCCCAGGUUUCUUGUAUCAGCAACUAUUAUGUUUGUGCACAUUAUCAAACAUUAUCAGCACAAUAUUGUAGUGCUAGUAUACGUCUAUGGUGCCAUUUUUUUUUUUUUUUACCAUAAUGAAGCAUGAAUACAAAAUCUUGACAAUGAAACUCAUGAUCCAGUGAAAUCAAACAGGAACGUCUCCUAGCAGCUGUUGCCAUCAAUAGCUAAAUUGAUGUUGCCGUCAGUGUAAAUGCACCUUUUGACAUGAAGGUGCAGUUUUCUCUGUAUAGAAAUCAACAAAUUACUCUAGAUGAAAUUCUGCUUGGUUUUCUAGACUUGAAUUCAAACUAAGCAUUUUGUGCAGCAUUAAAGUAUGGUCACAGUUUGCAUUUGUUUGAUCAAAAAAAUACAGUAAAACAGAUUUCAUUCCUAAACGAUUUCAUUCCCAAACACCAGGUAUCCACCUGCGAACACAAGAUAACAUGACAGCGUUCAUUGCGUUUCUUCUGCAUGCUCUGAGGUGCAAGUCAUUUAUGAUGUAUGAAAAACGCUACGGUGGCCUCCACUAUAGAGUGCAAUAGUCAGGAUCCAAAAGUAAAAACUCCAUUCAUUUUCUCCAUAGGGAAAUUGAUUUUGAACGAUAACUUAUAAACCUUUGAAGACUGUGAACUAUACAGCGUUGUUAAUCCAUGAUAUUUACACUGUCAGCCUGCAUUAUUUCCCCUUAUUUUUAAAACAGCAGAAUUCCUGAUGGAAAAACUACAUUACCCAUGAUGCUGUAUAGAAAAUUACACCAAUCAAGAGUUGGAAAAAGCAACACGUGCCAAGAUCUCCCUACGCUUUCAAAAUACUGAAAUGUUUGUGUAUAUAUGCAUAUUUUGCAGUAAACUUAAAUAUAUAUAAUGUUUUUAUAUAUAUAUAAUCAACAUUUGUAAAUGAGUAAUUUUAUAUUUCUCCACCAUUUUUAAUUUGAUUAUAGCAGUGCUUCAUGGGAUUGUAGUUCUUUCUCUCAGUAAAGCUGUUAAGUUCACAGUCUUGUACCUUUGUCUUUUUGUCUAAUUUUCAAAAAACGAAUUGCUUCAAAUCAACAUUUGUAGUGUUGUGAUUCACCUCAUAGCAGAUUGGCUUGUUUCAUGGCAUAUGACUCUUUAAAACCCCUAUGGGAAAAAUGAAAGGAAAAAAUACUUCCGGAACGAGCGCAGCUAAAAAAAAAGGGGACGGGCACUGUUGCACUCUAUUGCAGCAACUUCCAUUUUUAUUACAGAUAAUUUGCAUUCCCAGGAAGUGAUGAUUUUCUUCUCCUGAACACAUGGGAUGGAAAUGGUAAUGGCAAUGUUUUAUGCCAUAUUCCAAUUAAAUAUGCAACUUUGGAUGUAAACAUAGUACUGUAUGCGUCUUAGCCUUGCUAAUGCUAUUCUCUAGAGCUACAAGAACUACAGUAGUCAACAUUUAAAGUGGAACAAAACCUUUCAUCAAAGUUGUCCUAAAACCUUCUUCUUAGUUCUUAGGACAACUUUGAUGAACUUUUUUUAACCCACUUUAAAUGUUGACUACUGUAGUUAGCUGUUUUAACCAACAUUCUACAGCAUGAACCAACAAGCAUUUCCCUGUGGCAAAAACUAGCAUUAUCAGGUCUAUAUGGCUGUGAAUGUGAAUGUUUGGAGGAUCUUCAAGACUUCAGUCAGUUAUUUCACUGUACUCGAUACAUACACCAUUUCUUAAAGUCCCUUCAGGCCACGAUGUACAUCUGAAAUACUGUUUAAUGUAGUUAGCCUAAAAAUAGUCCUUUACUUUUCAUUUCUGUCUCCUUCUGUUCUGCUGUUUGUGAAAUGACCAUUGCCAUUGAACUUCCCACUCAUUAUUAUUGGACACUUGAAAACCUUACCUGCUUAGUUUUUUGUUUGUUUAAAAAAAAAACUUUGAAAUAUUCCCCUCUCACUGUCUACACUAACUUGAGCCAUUAAAUGAAACUAACACCUUCA